GGAUACAUUUUACUUUCCUUUGGCUGUUUCACUGGGGCAGUGUUUGGAGGAAUACAUUGUCUAGGCUGGGAUGUUCUGCUUCAGGGGCGUGCAAUAUGGCGUGUGGCUUCCCUUUCGAUAGCAUCCGUACCGAUAGCUAUUCUUCUGCUGAAUAUCUCUAUAAAUUGGUUGAACGAUGAUAGUAUUGUAGAAGCCUUACUCGGUUUCGUGUGGCUCGUGAGUCUUGUCACAUACAUUGUUGCACGCGUUACACUAAUUGUACUUAUAUUGAUGAGUUUUCGAUCGCUGCCUCCUGGCGUAUACGAGACAGUAGCCUGGACCAAAUUUAUUCCA